UAUCCAAUCAAAACAUUUUCAAGAAAACUGUCAGCUAUUUGAAAUCGCUUUGCUUGGGGUUUUUUUUGCCAUUUUUACAACUUUUAUCCGGCUUUUAAAUCAACCCCAAAUGAAGCUUUUAAACGAAGGCGACACAUUUAAGAUGUACCUUUGGGAGAAUAGGUUAAAAACUUUUGAAGGGUGGCCUUUUGACGAAGACUGCGCUUGCACACCGGAAAACAUGGCAAAGGCUGGCUUCAUUUACACGCCCGUCGACAACAGCCCAGAUACUGCCAUGUGUUUCUUCUGCCUCAAGGAGUUGGAGGGCUGGGAGCCGGACGAUGACCCACAGAAAGAGCACAAAUCGCAUUCACCCUCGUGUCACUUCUUGACCCUGAAGAAGAAAGUAGAGGAGCUGUCUUUGAACGAGUUCUUGAAGCUCCACCAGGCGAGGCACAAGCGCCUCAUCAGCAAAAACUGUAACGAGGCCGUCGACAGGUUUGAGGUGGCUGCAAGAUUGGUGAAAGCGGAAAUUCUCAAGAUGAAAAUGGGCAAAUAGACAUUGGGUGUGUAUGUAAAUAUGUACAGCAUUUGUUUUGUGUUAGCUAUACUUUGCUUAGUAAUCAUCUUCAGUAGUUAUAGCCAAGUGAUUUGAUGCAUUAUUUUAUAAAUGCACAUUUUUCAAUAAAUAAGUCUAGCACAUAAAAGUAUUUGUCCAGAUGUUCACCAAAAUGGAUGGUUUCAUUCCGCAGCUAAUUUUUAUUGCCCUCGGAAUGCUCUCAACCUAAAAUAAUGCAAUUAUCAGUAAUAUAUGUUUGAAAUUACACACAUUUGCUUUAUCACCUAUAACGAAAAGCUACAUUGUGGAUGUUUUGUUCAGAUAGUUUAGCAUAUAACAUGGUUUUAGCAUCUUUGUUGCACGUAAUAAAAAAUGUGAAUGAGUUUUGUCGUUCUUGUACUAACCUUUUAAUUUGGUGAACAAUUUAGGGAUUUUUCAGCCAUAACUUCAUUGAUCAUAACCUUACUAUAUUUUCUGUAAACACUGUUAUAUAUGAA